UCUAUCACAUCCGUUCAGGAGUCCAUUAUGUGGAUCCAUUGUCACCGACAUACAGGCGGCUACUGUGAGUAGCCUACGCCUCAGCCGUAGCUAAAGGACCAAAUUACAGACUCGCAUCACAAUCACGCGCAGCAUUUUGAGGAUUAACUGAUUCAACCUUCAAGACAACAACGCAAAAUCUUAAACGAGCAGAGAGAUCCGAAAAAUGUCACCCAUACUGCUGAUGUUAUUGUUACAUCGUAUCACAGCAAAUAACGAGGUACAGAUCACGAAUGAUGUGGUGGGCCCAGGUCAGCCACUGAUGGAGCCACAGAUUGCCAUGUUCUGUGGACGGCCACUCUUACACAUGAACCAGGCAAAUGGCCAGUGGGAACCUGACCCUCAGGGUCGUCAAGAAUGCUUCACUGACUAUAGUCAGAUCCUGUCCUACUGCCAGGAGAUGUAUCCCAACUUGCAUAUUACUAAUGUGGAAGAGUCCUCUAAUCCAGUCACAAUUCCAUUCUGGUGCCAGAAAGGCUUGGGUCACUGCCAGACUCGUUCCAUCAUUCCUUAUCACUGUCGAGGGGGUGAAUAUGUGAGUGAGGCACUACUUGUUCCUGACCGCUGCCGCUUUCUGCACCAAGAGCAGAUAGACAUGUGCAAGAGCUACAUGCACUGGCACAAUGUUGCUAAGGAGACAUGCACAGAAGAUAGUUUGGAGCUUCAUAGUUAUGGGAUGCUGAUACCAUGCGGCAAUAAUUUCAGGGGGGUGGAAUUUGUUUGCUGCCCAGGCAGAGCAGGAAUCAAUGGACAAGAGCGAGGAAAUGUGGAUGGUGUGUUUAAACGCAUGAGCCUGACCCAAACCAGCCAUAGCCAAACAACCCUGAGUCCAAUGACAAACAGUCAUGAAAAUGAAGAGAAUGAAGAGUCUGAUGAUGGUCAGAAAGAACUAUGGAAGAAAGAGGAAGGGGCAGAUACUGCUGAAGAAAAUGUGGUUACAAUUUCCAAAGAGGCCAUUGAAGAUGAAUACUCUGGUCCCAGUCAGACCUCUGAUUACCUUGACAACUUUUACCAUAAGAAGGUGACUCAAGUCAGUGUCACACCACUUCCCCAGACACAAGAAAAUGUGUCACCCACUCUGCAAUCAGCGGAUGGAGUAGAUGUUUACUUUGAGAUGCCUGGAGAUGACAGUGAGCAUGCCAAUUUUCUCUCUGCCAAAAUGGCUCUGGAGGAGCGUCGUAUGAAGAGUAUAAAUGAGAUAAUGAAGGAGUGGGCAGAUGCAGAUAGCCAAUCCAAACACUUGCCUAAGUCUGAACGUCAAGCUUUGAAUGAGCACUUCCAGUCUGUCCUGCAGACUUUAGAGGAACAGGUGGCCGGUGAGCGCCAGAGGCUUGUUGAGACCCAUUUGGUUCGUGUUGUAGCCAGUCUCAAUAACAAUCGGCGUUUGGCCCUCGAGAACUACGUCGCCGCAGUGCAAAGUGAAAACCCCCAGCCAGAGAGUGUGCUACAAGCUUUGAAACACUACAUGGCAGCAGAACAAAAAGAUCGGAAACAUACACUGAGGCACUACCAGCAUAUUGAAGUUGUUGAUCCACAGAGAGCAGAACAGAUGAAGUUCCAGGUCUACACCCACUUGCAUGUAAUUGAGGAGCGAGUUAACCAAAGCCUGGCUCUGCUUUACAAAGUUCCUGCUUUGGCCGAGGAGCUUCAUCAAGAAAUUGAGAAAUUAAUAAAGAGUGAACAGGAAGACAUCACCCAGCUUAUGACUGUUUCCUUCUCUGGAACCCGUACCACAGAGGAGGUGCUAACAGCUGAGACUGAAGAAGAGAAUGAUAAAGAGGAGGAACAUGCAUUUCAGAGCCGCCCAUAUCCCACAAAAUUUGUUUCUGGAACUGAAGAGUAUGACUACCCUUUAUCUGAGAGGGGAGCCUCAGAUGAAGAUGAUGAGAAGAUAAAUACCUCUGUUGAAGUGAAGCAAGUGUUGUACAAAUCUUUUGGGAUCCAGAGGGAUGAGCUGCAACCUGAUGCACUGGAGACAUUUAACCGUGGAGCUAUGGUGGGACUGCUGGUGAUUGCUGUAGCCAUUGCUAUGGUCAUGGUUAUUAGCCUUUUGCUAGUGCGCCGAAAGCCCUAUGGUACAAUCAGCCAUGGUAUUAUAGAGGUUGACCCCAUGCUCACCCCAGAGGAAAGGCAACUUGACAAGAUGCAAAACCAUGGCUAUGAAAAUCCCACCUACAAAUUCUUUGAACAAAUGAACUGAUUACUCAGUUACUCAGUACAUUGUCGUCCCCCACCCCCGCCCGAUAUAAAUCAUUGGUCAUUGGUCAGUUCCAGUGACGAUUUAAA